UCUCGCUUUUCUUUGAUGCCUCAUUUUUUAGGCGUACUUGUACAUAUGCGUGUCCCUAAUGACACUCAUCGUUAUCGGCUGGUAUAUAUUCUACAAACGAUGGCAACGUAAUAAGGAACGUCAACUGCAGUUGCUAGCACAAAUGCGCGACUCUUCGUCUGUGGGCGCUGGAGAUAUGACUGGGCUGCGUUUCCGUAAACGCGACAAAAUGCUUUUCUACGGCCGUCGAAUGCUGCGUAAAGUAAAGAACGUAUCCGGCCAGGUGUACGGCGGACAAGGACGCAAACGAAAAGCGGUGAUGCACUUCGCCAAACGUAUCCUGCAGCUACGGCGGGAAAACAUCCCAAUGCUUCUGAAUACUGCAGAGCCUCCAGCUGAGUAUCUACAAGAGGCGAUAGAAGGCAGCGAUCGCGUGCCGCCUGACGCUCUCUAUAUGCUGCAAAGCAUACGUAUUUUCGGGCACUUUGAAAAACCGAUUUUUCUGAAACUCUGUAAGCAUACAGAAGUGUUAACGUUGCAGCCUGGUGAUUUUCUCUUCAAGAUUACUGACUCCGACGAUAGCGUAUUCAUUGUGCAAUCCGGUUUAGUGCAUGUUUUCAUAUCGAACGCUGACGGCAGCACAUUGUCGUUGAAGACGGUGAAGAAGGGCGAAUCGGUGACAUCGCUUUUGAGCUUCAUCGAUGUGUUGUCGGGUAAUCCAAGCUUCUAUAAAACCGUCACAGCGAAGGCAAUGGAGAAAUCUGUUGUUAUCCGCCUACCGAUGCAGGCUUUCCAAGAGGUAUUCAACGAGAAUCCCGAUAUUAUGAUACGUGUUAUCCAAGUGAUUAUGGUGCGCUUGCAACGCGUACUCUUCACAGCACUGCGUACAUAUCUCGGUCUAAAUUCGGAGUUAGUUCAAAGCCAUAUGCGCAUUAAGAAGAGCGCUGGUGCCACAAUUUUGAAGACAUCGCCGUUGUUAAGACGCUUCACGCACCCAGACACAAUACAGCACUCUUUGUCGGAUUUUAUGCCGCCACCAGAUAUGUUGGUUGACUUGGCGCAUGACUCGGAACGUCACAUGGGCAUACAAGCGGCGCUGCCAAAUGCGCAGCAAACUGGUAAUGGCGCUAAUGCUAAUGGGGGUGGUGGUGGCGGUGGGGGUGGGCAGCCGACACUUGCGAAUUCGCGAGCGAACAGCAUUGGUAAUUUGGUAACGCGUCGCUAUUCUUUGGUACACGCCGAAGCGUUGGCGAAUGCCGCCAGUGCUGAAUUGGCCAGCCUGCGCGGCUAUGCAUUGGACAGUUUCUUACGUGAACUCGGCUUGCCGGAAGAGGAUCGCACGUUCAUAGAUCCUUACGUCGAAUUGAGCGAAGUGGAGGCGAAUAUUCCAUUGAUCAACGAAGGAAAUGUGGAUGAUAUCUGCAUUUGGAUAGUUCUCACGGGCGCUUUGAACGUGUAUCAAAGUAGCGUGGAUGUAACACGCACCGUUAAGACUGAACGUUCGGAUGUGUAUAUUUACACGGUGCACCCAGGUGAAAUUGUUGGUGGACUCGCUGUGCUGACGGGCGAGGCAAGCACGUACACAAUAAAAACCAAAUAUAUAACCCGACUUGCUUACAUACGACGUCCUGGCGUUUAUGCUAUAAUGCGCGAGCGCCCUCGUAUCGUGUUGGAUCUCGGCAAUUGUGAAGUGCGUCGUCUCUCGCCGCUGGUACGGCAAUGCGAUUAUGCGCUCGAUUGGAUUUUCCUAGAGUCUGGUCGUGCCGUCUAUCGACAGGAGGAGAAUAGCGAUAGUACUUAUAUUGUGCUAAGUGGACGCAUGCGUUCUGUGAUAACGCAAUCAAGUGGUAAAAAAGAAAUAAUAGGCGAGUACGGCAAAGGUGAUCUUGUGGGUCUCGUGGAAAUGAUAACGGAGACAUGUCGCACAACCACAGUGAUGGCUGUACGCGAUUCAGAACUUGCUAAAUUACCGGAAGGCCUAUUUAAUGCUAUCAAAUUGCGAUACCCGAUUGUUGUAACAAAACUCAUAAGCCUUCUGAGUCAUCGUAUAUUGGGCACGAUGCAGACGCGCCAUGGGAGCACAGCGGCGCCCUUGGAGGCAAAUCCGGUAACACACAAAUACUCUACUGUAGCGCUGGUGCCGGUAAGCGAUGAUGUACCGCUAACAGCAUUCACCUACGAGCUAUAUCACUCAUUGUGCGCAAUAGGUCCCACUUUACGUCUAACAUCCGAAGUGGUUCGCAAACAGCUCGGCAUGCACAUAUUCGAACCCAGCAACGAAUAUCGUAUGACCUCUUGGCUAGCGCAGCAGGAAGAUCGCAAUACCAUCACUCUAUAUCAGUGUGACUCUUCUCUCAGCGCUUGGACACAACGUUGCAUGCGCCAAGCGGACGUCGUACUUAUCGUGGGACUUGGUGAUCAUGCGCCAAUCGUUGGUAAAUUUGAACGAGAAAUCGAUCGUUUGGCAAUGCGCACACAAAAGGAGCUCGUACUGCUUUAUCACGAGUCGAUUAAUGCGAAACCGAAAAAUACACUGCAAUGGCUGAAUGUCAGGCCCUGGGUCACCAAACAUCACCAUUUGCAGUGCCCCAAGCGCAUGUUCACGCGCAAAAGUCAAUAUCGCAUUAACGAUCUGUACAGCCGUGUAUUAAUGUCCGAGCCAAAUAUGCAUUCGGAUUGUUCGCGCCUGGCACGUUGGCUGACUGGUAACUCAAUCGGGUUAGUUUUAGGUGGCGGCGGUGCACGCGGUGCUGCACAUAUCGGUAUGUUAAAGGCUAUACAAGAAGCUGGUAUACCGGUAGAUAUGGUGGGAGGUGUUAGCAUUGGCGCGCUAAUGGGUGCACUCUGGUGUUCAGAUCGUAAUGUAACAGCCGUUACACAGAAGGCUCGGGAAUGGUCAAAGAAAAUGACAAAAUGGUUCCUGCAAUUGCUCGAUCUCACUUAUCCAAUUACAUCGAUGUUCUCUGGACGUGAAUUCAACAAAACCAUUCGUGAUACCUUCGGUGAUGUGGCCAUUGAGGAUUUAUGGAUUCCGUAUUUUACACUAACGACUGAUAUUACCGCAAGCUGCCAUCGCAUACACACAAAUGGAUGUCUAUGGCGCUAUGCGCGUGCGAGCAUGUCCAUCGCGGGCGUUUUUCCACCAUUCUGCGAUUAUAGAGACGGUCAUUUACUGCUCGAUGGUUGUUACACCAAUAAUGUGCCAGCCGACGUAAUGCAUAAUUUGGGCGCCGCACAUAUUAUUGCCAUCGAUGUGGGCUCCCAAGACGAUAUGGAUUUGACGAACUAUGGCGAUGAUUUAUCUGGUUGGUGGUUGCUGUAUAAGAAAUGGAACCCCUUCACAACACCGGUGAAGGUGCCUGAUCUGCCCGAUAUACAGUCUCGUUUAGCGUAUGUUUCGUGUGUGCGCCAACUCGAGGAAGUGAAAAAUUCCGAAUACUGCGAAUAUAUUCGCCCGCCCAUUGACAAGUACAAAACGCUCGCCUUUGGCAGCUUCGAUGAAAUACGUGAUGUUGGUUACGUUUUUGGUAAAAACCACUUCGAUGCCAUGGCCAAAGCCGGACGCUUGGGACGCUUUAAUCAGUGGUUUAACAAGGAGCCUUCGAAGAAAGAGAAUCCUGGCACCCUAAGCGAUUAUACGUUCAUCGAUUUGGCACAUAUCGUUUGCAAAUUACCUGAAACCUAUAUAAGCAAUGAACAAUUGCACCAAGGUUAUCUCUUUAGCGAAGACGAGGACUACGACGGUUACAUAUCGGAGCCGUCGACGUACAAGCGGGUCAAAAUAAAGCGCACAGGCACCUCUUUGUCGCUCUCCGAAAACGAGAUGGAUUCCGACAUCGAAGUUGAUCUGUCUUUGGCCAUACGACAACAUCAUGCACAUCGUUCGCGUAGUACACCGCAUACCCCUGCCUCUGAAUCGAAUACAGGCGGCGAUCAAGUUGAUAACAAUGGGCGUGCCCACCACCUAGGCGGUGGCAGCAUUGUGCGUUUUGAUGGUAGUGUUGUUUUCAAAGGCAAUGGCGGUGGCGGUGGUGGCGGUUCGCAAAUUAGUAUAAGGAGUAGUGGAAGUAGUACUGAUUUCGUAACACCUUAUGAUGCGCUUAACAUCGAUGCAGUAGUGGAUGAGUUACCUUUAGAUCCGAUAGUUGCAAAAAAGGAAGAUGAGGUAAAAAAUCGACGGAAAGAGGUUAAUGUAACGACGACAACGCCGUUGAAAAGCGCUCAAAUCUUAGUUAAAGAAGAUGAACUGCGUACGCCUACGCCGAGUACUUCCAUUGCCAGUACGGUUGCCUCCAUGAAAAGCACUUACAGUUCAAAUGCCGAGUCUGCGACCACCCUGCAAAGCGCUGAUUUAAAUGAGGCGGCAACUCAGCCACCAACUACAUUAGAAAACACUUCAGAAGCGACGUAAUGAACGAUUGCGUGAAUUUAGUUAAGGACUUAAUUAUUUAAGUAAUAGAGUGUGUAUGUACCAUGUGACUGAGUGCAAGAUAUCUGUAAUCGAGAGAGAGAGAGAGAGGAAGUGACAAACAAGUACGAGUAUGCUUCGAGCGAGUUUGCAAUCAACUUCCUUAGCCAUAUAUUUACUAAAUACAAAGCAGUUGCUACAAAUUUCAAAAUGUCUGAAUUAAUUAUAAAUAAUUAUUGCGUUAAGCUCGACGACUUAUGAUCUUGUAUUGUGUUUGUAAUAAUCUUGCAACAAAGGAGACAAAAAUAAAUAAGUAAAGAGCAGUUUUUUGUAAGGGGAAUUAAAAUUUAACAAAUCGCACAUAUACACUUUAAAAGCGAGUAAGGAUAACUUUUCAACAAUUAAAUAGGUUAAUUUCAAGUUUUGAAUUCAUAACAUACGCACACAUGGGAUAAUUAUUUAGUAUUUCUUGCGAAUUAAGGUAAAUUUGAAAUCCGAGUCAUAAUUUUGAAUUAUUGUAAUCAAAAGCUUAUAGCUCAGUAGAAGUAAUGAUAUAUGCCAUAUAAACAUACAUAUACUUAUAUACAUACAUUAUCAUGGCUAUACCGAUUGUUACCGCACAUUUUGUAAGCGAAAAAAUUAAACAUUUUUUAACAAGAACUUUAUGGCCCUAUUAUAUAUGGCGACUGAUAGCCGAUAGGCAACCAUAUACUAAAAUUCGCAUUACGUAUGGCUACUGACUACUGAGUCUAGUAGCGGAAUAUUCUAUUUCCCGCUUAUUUGGUUUGGUUAUUUGUUUACACUUGUUAAACACAUUGGAUUCAAGUUUUCAAUUAUGUACUUCGAAAUGUUCAUGUCAAAAAAGUAAAUUCGGCUUUUGUCUGCGCGUUUUCUGUAUACUGAGAUUAAUCGCUAUACAUAAAACAACGUACGAUAUAUGUCGCCAUACAUAAUAGGACCAUUAGUUACCGGUCACAAAAUGUUUGUUACCAGGCCAGUGUAGCCCGUUUCUUUAACUCUUCUCUACCGAUUAUUUCUCUAGUGAUAGAUAAUAUACGUCAUUCUCUACUACUCAUUAGCAGUAGAGAACAGGGCGGCGAAUUCAUAUCACAAUUCGCCUUGAUAGAGAAUUGUUACAGAAACGAGCUACAGGUCUUACUAUGUAUAUUACGAGGGUUGCCUUUUAUAUUCUGCGCCUAAUACCGAAAACAGUAAAAUAACACUGAUGCCCAAAAAUUACCUUAAUAAAAGUUAAAUGAAAUUGAAAGGGUUAUUUUGUAUCUACAGCUAACCUGUAACUAAUCCACAUUUUUAAAAUAAAUCAGUCACCCUUAAUUUUUUUGCAACAGCAUUUAAGUCAAACUUAAUGAAAUACGCCAGAAACUGUAUUUAAUGAAGAAAAAGAAAUAAUCUUUAUUUAGGAUUUUCGGGAAUAUUUAGCAUCAGGUACAUCUCUUUUUAGUGUACAACAGUAGUCAGCUAACAAAUCUGGCCUCCAUUAUCCCUGGUACCAUUUUUCUAUGUUAAGAUAUAUCCCGAUGAACCGCUCGCCGUGUUCGGCAAAUUUUCAGGAGAAAAUUUUAAUAUGAGUGUAUGAAGUUUAUCUUGAGCGACAUAUUGCAUCCCAUAUUAUUGUAGGCUGUUAAAAGGUUGCUGACCAACUCUUCAAAGUUUUCGGCUUUGUGGUUUCCAAUAAAACUACGAACACCAUUUCAAAAACAUGUCCAUGCGGAUUUUUCGAUCGGAUUAAGUUUUUUUUUUAAAUAGUUCAUCAGCCAAUAGGUCUCUUAAUUUGUGGCCCUACUGUUUUUCAAAAUAUUCUCCUUGGAAGUCAAUACCCAUCUGCAUUCGCUUGAAUCAAUUUUUAAACUUUCAAAUUAUGCGGUAUCCAACGAGAGCAAAUCUUUAUGGACAAAUGUUCAUGCAAUGUAGAAUGUAUGCUGGUCUCGGUAAUGCCCAAGGAUGUCUCUAUCUCGCGAUAUGUCACAUGACGAUCUUGCGUUAUCAAUUGACGCACAACAUCGAUUGUUUGUGGCACAACAACAGUUUUUGAACGACCAUCACGAAAUUCAUGCUGCAAGGAUCGACGGCCAUGUUGGCGCUCGUACCAGCAUUUCACAGUGGCUAAGUGUGCAAAAGUCGAAGUAAGUUAAUCAAUGCACUCCUGUCUCGAUAAUCCACGUCGAAAAUCGUAAUAAAUCAUCACAAGAAAAUUUUCACGAGAAGAACAAUCUCACUGGAAAAAAAUAAAAUAAAGCUCGUAAAAGAGAACGUUAUAUGUAAGUUUAUGCUAAAAAAUACCAAACUUUUCGAUAAAAAAAUUUCGAAUUACAGCUCAUCACAAGUAGUGUUGCAAAGGCGCAAAAUAUAAAAAGCAACCCUCGUACACCUUUUUGCCUAUAUUUAGUAAUCUACAUAUCGAGUGCUUAUAUUCAACAACCUAUAUCUUCAUUUUUCACAAAAAUGCGAUUCUGAUAUAAAAAUCCACCUAACACUUAACUGUCAUUGGUGAUAUUAAUGCUGACCUUGUAUAACGCUUGACAGAAGAAUUUACAAUUACCUUGCAAAGUCGGAAUCAACAUCAGUGAUGACAGGCAAAUCCCAGAUGGGUUCUAACAUCACAAAGUAGUUUCUGUAAAAAUUGCACAUAGAGGGUAUUGAAUAUAAGCCCUCGAUAUGCUAUAUACAUAUCGCACAUUUGCUGCAAGGGUGUCAUAACCUAAAAUCGAGUUAAAAAUAUGCAGAAAUGAACGCUACCUGUUCUAUGUUGUGUAAAAAUUUGCAUUGCUGUAACGAAUACUAGUAACUCACUAGAACGAAAUAUGUAAGUAUUCAUUUUUACUAUGUGAGUAUACAUAUGUAUAUAAAUUCAAAACUUUAAAUGCCGUUAUUCUCGAAUUUUUGGAAAAUGACACUCUUUCAGUAAACGAUAUGUACCGUUACCUUAAUUUAGAAAGGCCCUAACUCAUUUUACUCUCUGUACAAAAGUGAGUAAAUUAUUCAACAGACUUAAUCGAACUUUAAAUCAACUACUACACCAAAAAAUUAGUUGCUGUUUAAUAAAAGCCAAUAUAACCAAAAAAAUUUCUACUGAAGAUCUUUAGUUUAUAUAAAAAUUGUAUAAAUACUCUGUAAAAAAGCGAAAAAAUGUCAGACAAAGCCUUUCUAUUUA